UGAAUAAGAUCACAAACUUCUUUGAUGUCAGUUAUCUUUUGUUUAGAUCACUUUGGCCGUUUGGCGCCAAUUAAUUGUAUGGUAGCCUGCUUGUCGCCAUGGCCGCAAGCAUGUCCUAGGCCCAAGGCUGCCCAGGCUCGACAGCAAAGCACAUCUUUUUUUUUAAUAAAAAAACAGAACUACAAGCUCAUCGAGUCGGGUUUAAUUCCCCGCGCGACGCGAAUAUUCCCGUCCGCUUCCGGACACAACCCCACGCUGACGCUAGCCGACUCCAAGGUCCUCGCUUCCAUUUAUCGCACUCCCUCCUCCACGGCUCUGCGCCACCGCCCACCGCUCUCGCUGGCUCACCGAGAACCGCACGCCCGCGCCUCCCCCCCCCCCCCCUCCGCUCUCGCCACCAUGGUGGUCUCCUACAAGCAGGAGCACGUGUACCGCCACCCCUGGCACCGCGUCACCGCGGCGGCGUGGCGCAAGUUCACGGACCCGGCGGCGCGCGCCGCCUCCGGGGCGCUCGCCCACAUCCUCGACGUCCACACGCUCUCCCGCGACGUGGACCGCCGCUCCGGCCGCCUCCGCGCCGUGCGCGCCAUCGCGGGCCGGACCCCGCCGCCCCCGCUCCUCCUCCGCGGCCUCCUCGCGCCGGCGCCGCCUGACUGCGGCAGCGACGUGGUCGUGCUCUGCGUCGAGCGCACGGACGUGGACGCGCCCGCGCGGGACAUGCGGGUGGCCUCCCGCAACGCCACGCUCCGGGGCCUCGUGGACGUCGAGGAGCGCUGCAGCUACGCGCCCCACCAGUAGCGGCCCGACGAGUGGACGCUGUUCCGGCAGGAGACCACCAUCCGCUGCGCACCGCUGGCCGCCGUGGCGGCCCGGGUGGCCGAGCUCGUGGAACGGCGCUGCGCGGAGAGGUUCACCAAGAAUGCGGACAAGGGGAGGGAGGUCGUGGAGAGGAUAUGCGCGGACCUCGCGGCGGAGCAGGACGCGAUUCACGAGCCAAGGUGAAAAGGCAACAAUGGCAGGGAUCUACUGUAGCCCGGUUCUUGCCAGCGUAUGCAGCCUUCGUGAUUUGUACAGUACGGUAAAAGAAAUGAGAAUGGUCAGAUUCACUGUUCAAAAAUUUUGUGUCACGAACCAAGAUUGAAAGGGCGGGGUUUUGGGGGAAAUCGGCAAUGAAUUUGGGAAUUGGGGGUACAACACGUAGGGAACCCGUGAGGAAGGCAGAGCUGUAUAUAUUACGACAGGAUUAAAGGA